AGUUGGUCGAUUCAACAGGAUCAACAGUGUGAAGCGACGUGACGUGACGUGACGUGACGUGGAGUAUGGAGCUGGCGAACGACGUCUGCUGAAACUUCAUGAACUAUGAGAAGAGUUGAGACCAUAUUUUUGUACAUGCGACGCCAGUGGUCUUAAUAUCGGGUGCCUUACAUCUUCAGAUUUAACUUGAACGGGACUAUUUAUUUUCAUCCAGGAAUUUACAACACGGUGCGCACCGGCUAGCCUUUUUUAGCUAACAGGAACAGCAUCUGCUGUAAGGAUAGCUAACGCUAACCAAAGUCAGCGUCAUGCAUGUUAAAUACAUUUUAAUCACAAGAGCCUAAAAAUGAAAAGGACCAAGAGGGACUUGACUGGCCGCCGUUGACGUAUAAUUUACAGGAAUCUCAGCCGGCUAACUAUUUAGCUCGCUAAUAUUAGCCAGUCGGCAGAUAACAGCAAACUGUCAAAAUGGGCUCUCUGCUCCGAGGUGAAGAGAUGUGUUUGGCCCAGCUGUUUCUGCAGUCUGGGUCAGCAUACGACUGCAUCAGUGAACUUGGAGAACUGGGGCUUGUGGAGUUCAGAGACCUCAAUCCAAGCGUUAAUGCAUUCCAGCGCAAACACGUCAAUGAGAUAAAAAAAUGUGAAGAGAUGGAGAGGAUCCUUGGAUACCUUUUGAGGGAAAUCAAGAAAGCAGACAUUUCACUGCCGGAAGGAGAUGUGAACCCAGUGGCUCCUUUGCCCAAACAUGUCAUGGCUAUAAUGGAGCAGCUACAGAGGCUGGAAGUUGAGUUAGGGGAGGUCACCAGGAAUAAAGAGAAAUUGCAGAAGAAUCUGCUGGAGCUGAAAGAGUACACACACAUGCUGCGCAUCACUCGCAGUUUUGUUCAGAGAAAUGCUGAGCGAGAGCCCCUACAAGUACAGUAUGAGGAGUUUCCCUUCCUAGAAAAAGACACAAUGAUGGACUACAGCAGCAUGCAGAGGCUAGGAGCCAAACUGGGUUUCAUUUCUGGGCUUAUUCAGAGGGUGAAGAUCGAGGCCUUUGAGCGGAUGCUUUGGAGAGUUUGUAAAGGCUACACCAUCCUUAGCUACGCUGAGGUAGAGGAGUAUCUCGAAAAUCCUGACACGGGUGAGCCUACCAAAAGUGUGGUGUUCCUAAUCUCUUACUGGGGAGACCAAAUUGGCCAGAAAGUGAAGAAGAUUUGUGACUGCUACCACUGUCACUUGUAUCCAUAUCCUAGUAGCAACGAGGAACGGAAUGAUGUUGUGGAAGGACUGAGAACUCGCAUUCAAGACCUGCACACAGUGCUUCAUAGGACAGAGGACUACCUAAGACAGGUCCUGAUCAAGGCUUCAGAAUCUGUCUACACCUGGGUCAUCCAGGUCAAGAAGAUGAAAGCCAUCUACUAUAUUCUCAACCUGUGCAGUUUUGAUGUUACCAACAAGUGUCUGAUUGCAGAGGUGUGGUGUCCUGUCAAUGACAUUCCCACCCUGCGGAGAGCCCUAGAAGACGGAUCGAGAAAAAGUGGAGCGACAGUUCCUUCCUUUGUCAAUCGUAUCCCCACCAACGACACUCCCCCCACCCUGAUCAGGACCAACAAAUUUACCUCUGGUUUCCAAAACAUCGUGGACGCUUAUGGAGUGGGCAGCUACAGAGAGGUUAACCCUGCUCCUUUCACAAUCAUCACUUUUCCGUUCCUGUUUGCUGUGAUGUUUGGGGACCUGGGUCAUGGAGCUAUCAUGGCUCUGUUUGCCUUCUGGAUGGUGUUGUACGAGAACAACCGCAAACUUAAAAACACUAGAAAUGAGAUCUGGAACACAUUCUUUGAGGGCCGUUACAUCAUCCUGAUGAUGGGUCUGUUCUCCAUCUACACUGGCUUGAUAUACAACGACUGUUUCUCAAAGUCCCUGAACAUCUUUGGUUCUGGAUGGAGUGUGAACGCCAUGAUCAAUGCUAGUGUGUGGAAGGAAGAAGAUAUCCGUGGGAAUCAUUUGCUUACUCUGGAUCCAAAUGUCACAGGAGUUUUCAAAGGACCCUACCCUCUGGGAAUUGACCCGAUUUGGAACUUGGCAUCCAACCGACUUACAUUUCUAAACUCCUAUAAGAUGAAGAUGUCAGUGAUAGUGGGCAUCAUACACAUGAGCUUCGGGGUCAUCCUCAGCACUUUUAACCAUUUGCACUUUAGGAAGAAGUACAACCUGUACUUGGUUUUCCUCCCGGAGCUCCUGUUCCUGCUGUGUCUAUUUGGCUACCUGGUGUUCAUGAUAAUAUACAAGUGGCUUGCCUACUCUGCUAAGGACUCCAGGCACGCCCCGAGCAUCCUCAUUCACUUCAUAAACAUGUUCCUCAUGCAAAGUGAUGCAGUGCAGCCCCUCUACCCAGGACAGACUGGCCUGCAAGUAUUUCUGGUGGUCAUAGCCGUUCUCUCAGUGCCUGUCUUACUCCUGGGGAAACCACUCUACCUUUAUUGGCUUCAAAAUGGAAGCCACCGCUUAGGAAUGUACAGGGGAUAUGAGCGCGUGCGGCGUAACAGUGAAGAGGAGCUCUGCCUUAUGAGGGCUCAUGACAUGGAGGAGGGCAGCAGUCACAGUGAUCUCUCCUCUAGUGGAGAGCUCCAGAGCGAGGAGUUUGACCUUGCAGAUGAGUUCCUGCAUCAGGCCAUCCAUACUAUAGAGUAUUGCCUGGGGUGCAUCUCCAACACAGCCUCCUACCUAAGGCUCUGGGCUCUGAGCCUGGCACAUGCCCAGCUAUCAGAGGUGCUGUGGGCCAUGGUGAUGCGAGUAGGACUAAGGAUGGACACCAGACUCGGGGUUUUAUUCCUAGUUCCAGUGUUUGGCCUGUUUGCCGUGCUUACUGUGUCCAUCCUCCUGGUGAUGGAGGGUCUUUCUGCAUUCCUUCAUGCCCUCCGGCUGCACUGGGUGGAGUUUCAGAAUAAAUUCUACAGUGGAGCUGGAGUCAAGUUUUGCCCCUUUUCCUUUGCUCUAAUGCCCUCCAGCUUUGAGCCCGGGUUAGGAGGAGCAUGAUGGCUUACUGUGAAGGGGCUUGUCUGGUAAUACUGUUAGGUGGUAAACAAAGCCAAAACAUGCCAGUGAUGUCACAAGCUGAUUUAGAUUUUUUUCUUUUCACCUUUUUUAAAAAUUUGUCAUGUGAAAACAAUUUAUUGUGAGCUUCACAAACGUCGAAGGACCUCAACAAGCUGCCCUCCCAACAGUUCAAAGAACACAACCAGUACAGAAUGUACUGCUGAAAAAUUACUGUUUUUCGUAGUCUAAAUUUAUGUAACACAGGGUAUUUGUACUUUGUAUCAAGAUCAGUAUGCUUCACUGCAGGAUAUUUUGUCAGGUUGAACUGUGAGGCUCAAAUUUAAAAUCUAACUCCCAUACCUAAAAGCGUCAGUUUUCUUAUGAGGCUUUAUUGGUUGUUGAUGUGACCUGAACGGGAAACCACACCUGCCAAACUAAGAAUAAAUAAGUGAAAAAGAUAAAGUAAUAAGUAAAUGAAUGACCCCAAGCUGUGUCUACACAGACGUCACUCAUUAGGAGAGAUUUAUUGUUGGCAUUGGCUGAUAGUAAUAAAAGAUAAAAAGAUCUGAAAAAAGUAUUUUUGUAUCCAUCCAUUUCUUUUUUUCUGGAUUCGGUUAUUUUUGGCAUAAUUGUAUCCUUUAAUGCAGUUAUGUUGUCGCGCCCCCACUGAGUUUUAGUUUUGGCAGUUGUGGUUUCCAUACGCCUGAUAGCGAGCCACCUUUCAAUUACAUGUAGUUUUUGCUCAACUUUCUGUUGCACUGACUGCCUUACAAGAAGUACAACCAAAUGACAGCAUACUGUACCAUUCUUCAGUUUCCCUUGUAUUCUUACUUUGUGGUACCAAAACACUGCGAAGGAUCCUGUGACUUUUUGGUAUAGAAAAGUGCCCGGGCAGGAGUGUGAUGAGAUGUAAAUACUUUUACAGAAUUAUUUUUUUAAUUUAUUAUAUUUUAAAAUGUUGCAACAGAAUUAAAGAUGAAUGUCAAUGGGAUAUGAUUUUUACUUUAAUGCAUUCACAGUGUUGCCUAUGCGUCACUUACUGUACAAUUUAACAUUCCACGAAUGGAAAAUUUGUAUCAUUCAUUUGUUGACUGCUAGUCAGGAGCCCCUUACAUUGUGACUGGACAGAUAAUUAUGAUUAAACUGAACCCCAUGUGUAAAAUGA